UAAUAUUAUAAUUUCUGCCGUUAUGACAGUUUCACGCGGUUUGAUCCAUCAAACCGCGUUUACUUCACUAACAAAACAUUGCUCUCUUUCAACUCUCAUCUCAUUUCUCAAACUCCAUCAACAUAAAUUCAUUCAAAAAACAAAAAAACAAAAAAAAAAUAAAAAAUGAUCACCAUACUAUUAUCCUCUCUUCUCUUCAUAUUCAGCCUCAUCUUCAUCAAAUUCUCCAACACUAAGAAAUAUCUCAAGAACAUCAAAACCCCACCACAAGAUUCUCCAACACAAUCAAACCCCACCUCAACCAAACCCAAACCCAAACCCGCCGCCGAUCUCCGGGGAGUGUUCGCGACGUUCGACAAGAACAACGACGGCUACAUAACGAAGCACGAGCUGAGAGACUCCCUCGAGAAGAUCGGUAUCGAAGCCGGGGAGAGCGACGUGGCGGAUAUGGUGCAGAGAGUGGACUCGAAUGGAGACGGGCUCAUAGAUUUCGACGAGUUCUGCGUUCUUUUCGACUCGUUCAAGGACGACGAACAAGGGCAGGUGAAGGUGCAUGAAGACGGAGAUUUGAGAGAAGCGUUCGACGUGUUCGAUGAGAAUAGAGAUGGAUUGAUUAGUGUGGAAGAGCUUGGAUUAGUUCUCUCUUCAAUGGGAUUCAAUCAGGGAAACAGGAUCGAUGAUUGCAAAGAGAUGAUUAGACGAGUCGAUGUUGAUGGAGAUGGUAUGGUCGAUUUUGAUGAGUUUCGGAAUAUGAUGAAAUCUGGCUUUGCUAGACUUGUUUCAGUUUCUUAAUUCUUGAUCAAGAAUGUUUUUUUUUUUUAAUUUUUAUGUAAUCUUGAUUUUUUUUUGAUGAAAGAACAGGUGAUUUAGAAAGAUUCCCUCUUUUGCUGUUAGAUUUUUGGUGAUUAUGUACAUUUAUAACAAUAGACUAGCUUCAAUUCUGCAGUUUCGGUUGGUGUGUUAUAUUACCGUUGAUUUACGUACAAUCGAGCGCGUAUAUAUCUGUGUAAAAAGUAUGUUGAAUAUGGCUUGAUUUCGUGGUUGAA